UGAUUCCGCGACUAGCUGGUUUUAUUUGGGGUCAAAUCGCAGACGGGUUACAAUCGAAAAAGUUAGGGGAAAAGUUAACAAUUAAAUUAAACCAAGAUGCUGCGUUCUUUGUUGGGAGCCCAAAAGUGCUGGGGAUUGAUCCGCAGCAGAAAACUCAUGGAGGUGGCCACCAAACAGGCGCCUGCUUCCUUUGCGGUGCCCAAGCGUCACUACUCACCGCCCACUCAUAUUAAGCAAUCGGCGGUGGCCAAUGAAUCCGGAACCAUGGCGGAGAUCAAGCAGGAGAUGAUGAAACGAUUGGGUCUAGAGCCCGGCUACAACCCGCUGCCAAAAUCCAGGGAGCAGUUGCUCAAGUACCAGCCAAAGUUGGAGGAUCUGCCACCGAGAGCCAUGCAGGACUCCUUCACCUCGGCCAUCAUUCCCCUGAGCACGGAUCGCACUUUGCAGGACAAGUAUGUGACCUAUCUGGGCCACGUGCGAUUUGGGCGGCUGCUGGAGGACAUGGAUAUGUUUGCUGCUUGGUGCUGUCAUAAGCACCUGAAGCUGCCGAACCUGCCAGAGGGAGUUCACCUGCCGUACACCUUUGUGACCAUUCUGGUGGACCGCAUCGACUUCACCAAUGUCCAGGCUUCAGGUACCCAGGACAUCCGGCUUUCCGGCCACGUCUCAUGGGUGGGAACCAGUUCCAUUGAGGUCGUGGUCUGGCUGGAGCAGAUGGUAGCUGGACGGUACCAAAAGCUCACCCGAGCUCUGUUCCUAAUGGCGGCCAGAAAUGCCACCAACACGGGAGCCGCUCCUGUGAGUCCCAUACAGCCGGCUAAUGAGGAGGAGAAGGAGAUUCUCGCUGGUGGCGCAGACAGAAAGAAGAAGCGACAGAUUCUUUGCGCACAGUCCGUCUUCAAGGUGGAGCCCAACGAUCCCGAGCAGACGCUCAUGUAUGAGCUUUACAAGAGGACCACUCCCAGCAACACUUUGGAGCUGAACAAGCGCAUCCUGCCGCCGAACUGCCGCUGGAUGGAGGACUCCUUCCAGAUGAGCACUAUUCCCUCGUUCCCGGAGCACAGGAAUCACCACAACCGGGUCUUCGGGGGCUUCCUUAUGCGAAGUGCCCUGGAGAUUAGCUGGGCAGCAGCUUUCCUUUACUGCAAAACGCGACCCAAACUGGAGCACAUCUCGGACAUCAGUUUCGAGAAGCCCGUGGGCGUGGAUAGCUUUAUCAAGAUGACGGCCUACGUGGUGUACACGAAGCUCAACUACGUGCAGAUCAUGACCGUUGCGGACGUCCUAGAUACGCACACGGGCAGCCAGGUGACCACCAACACGUUCUACUACACCUUCUCGUCUCCGGACACGGUAACUGAGGUCCUUCCCCGGUCCUACCACGAAACCAUGUGGUACAUCCAAGGUCGUCGCAAGUUCGAGGCUAGCAUGGGUUUGAAAUAGAUCCGCAGAUGCUACUGAAUGUUCCCAAUGAUAUUAAGCGAGGCUAUCCUGUGGGAUACAUAAAUACUAUUACCAGUUCUGUGUUUAUAUAAAGCAAUAAUCGUGUAUUGUCAGUUCACUAACCCGGAAACACUCAAGCCCUCUGGAGGGUACUAAGUUCUUGUCCUGAAAUUUGCAAACCUUUUUUGUUUUUAACCACCCUAAUAAUUAUUAAAAAUCACUAUUUAUCAAGUUUCAACAUAUAAAAUA